AUGGGAGCUGCAAGCGCUUCACGGCUGCGCUGGACAGUUCCCCCAGCAGCAAUUGCGGCUUAUACUGCGGGUCAAUGGACGCAGCCUAACAGACAUCUCCAAAAAACCCACAUCUCCACAUCUUCUGCUCAGUACGAUGCCAAUUCAAAGUCUAGGAGCUCUUCGUCCGACAAAAAUGACUCUCAAUUGGCUGAGAGUCAGGCAUCUGUCUGGACAAAAAUUGUCCAGAAGCUUGACGAAGUGAAACAUACUGUUGGGGUACCAGAGUGGGGUGAUCUAGGGGGAGGCAUUACAAACUACAUUGUCCCCGAUUGGGCACGAUUGCUACCAGCUACAGCACAAAAGCUCCAGCGCGAGCUUUCAUUGGCACCUGGCUCUUUAGCAGACGAUAUUUGGAAGGAGGCACAUGAUGCAGAGGCCAACCCAGAGAUCUUGAGAAAUGCCAAGGUGCGGGUAAGCGGAGAUCUUUGCCAGGAGGAACAGGAAUUCCGAAACAAAAGAAAGCAGCACGCCGUCAAAGCGUUGGCAUCAUAUCUCAAUAUCUCUGAGGGUGACAUUCACCCGGAUGAUGUGCCUGUUAUCGCCAUGUGCGGCUCGGGUGGUGGACUUCGUGCUUUAGUUGCAGGUACAGGGUCGUACCUUGCUGCACAGGAAUCAGGCCUGUGGGAUUGUGUAACUUACACUGCAGGCGUCAGUGGCAGCUGCUGGCUUCAAACCCUAUACCACUCCUCUAUUACUGGCAGGAAUUUCAACAAGCUUGUCGACCAUCUGAAGAGCCGAUUGGAUGUACAUAUUGCCUUCCCACCAAAAGCGCUGAACCUUCUCACUACUGCCCCCACCAAUAAGUAUCUUCUCGGUGGGUUGGUUGAGAAACUUAAAGGAGACCCUGGCGCAGAUUUUGGGCUUGUGGACAUCUAUGGCCUUCUGCUUGCGGCACGACUGAUGGUUCCGCGUGGUGAAUUGGGCGUUGUAGACUCAGAUCUCAAGUUGUCAAGCCAACAAGUCAAUUUGUUCAGUGGUGCGCAUCCUAUGCCUAUCUACACCGCUGUGCGACAUGAAAUCCCUAUGGUAGAGGAUGAUGAUCAGGGCACAACACCCGAGCAGAUGAUGAGGAAGGCAACCCGCGAAGCCUGGUUCCAGUGGUUUGAGUUCACCCCAUAUGAGUUUUUCUGUGAGGAACUUAACGCUGGCAUUCCCAUCUGGGCUUUAGGGCGACACUUUCAAGGAGGAGAGAGCCAACUUUCUCCUGAGAACUUUCCUAUCCCCGAACUACGGGUGCCCGGUUUGAUGGGAAUAUGGGGAAGCGCCUUUUGCGCCACUUUGUCUCAUUAUUACAAAGAAAUCCGGCCUCUCGUAAAGGGUCUUGCCGGCUUCGGUGGAAUUGACUCUCUUAUUCAAGGCAAAAAUAAAGACCUGAUUCGAGUUCAUCCAAUUGAUCCGGCCACCAUCCCCAACUAUGUGCUGGGAAUGAAAGAUCAACUCCCCGAUUCAUGCCCAGAGUCUAUCUUCCAGAGCAGCCAUCUUCGCCUCAUGGAUGCUGGAAUGAGCAACAAUCUUCCCAUUUACCCUCUCCUUCGGCCUGGUCGAGACGUUGACAUUGUUGUCGCCUUUGAUGCAUCUGCAGACAUCAAACGCGAGAAUUGGCUCUCAGUCGUAGAUGGUUACGCCAAACAACGAGGUAUCAAGGGCUGGCCUGUGGGUGCUGGAUGGCCCCAAGAGGGCACAAGCCUGGAAGCCACGGAAGAAGCGCUGCGUGAGCCACAGAAUAUCACGGAGGAGAAAGUGAAUAGGAAGAUAAAUGAAGCUCAAAGUCGGUCCGAAGACAGGCUCAAUUCUUCGAAAAAGACCGGGUCUGUAAAACCCGAUUCCGACCUAGGCUAUUGCAACAUCUGGGUUGGCACGACGGAGGAACGCACCUCAAAGGACGAACCCCCGCCCUCCAAGCGGCUUUUCCAUCCCGAAACCGUCGGCGACCACUCCGAUGCAGAUUUUCACCUCAUGCGACCCGAUGCUGGUAUCGCCGUUGUAUACUUCCCUCUUAUUCCUAAUCCCUCGGCCCCUGAACUUCCACCUGCUACCAAUGGCAGACCUCUUGCGGCCGCCCAUUCCAUUCAGUCACAGUCCAAAGAGGAAGACGAUGGACCCACUCCCCACCCUAAUACCAUUGACCCCGAUGUGGAUGACUUUUUGUCUACCUGGAACUUCAUCUACACCCCUGAUCAGAUUGACUCUGUUGUUGGGUUAGCCAAGGCCAAUUACUCCGAGGGCGAUCAACAGGUGCGCCGGGUUGUUCGCGCAGUCUAUGAACGCCGAAAGGCUGAUCGGUUGCGCCGGGAGGAGGAAGAGUCGCGCAAACGCAUGGAGGGAUUUGUACCCUUGUAG